AUGCCCCCCUCCCUCGCCGCCACGACGCUCCCCAUCACCCCUUCACACCGCCCAGACCCCACCUCCUCCUCCUCCGUCCAGCUCCUCCGCUCGCUCGCGCGCUCCCGCCGCUCGCACCUCGCCCACCGCGCGCUCCUCCUCUUCCGCUCACUCCACGCCUCCCCGUCCCCACCGCCGCCGCACUUCUCUCUCCCCGCCGCGCUCUCCGCAGCCUCGUUCCUCGCCGCGCUGCCCGAGGGCCGCCAGCUCCACGCUCUCGCCGUCAAGCUCAACCUCGCCCCGGCCCACACAGUCGUCGCCAACUCCCUCCUCCACCUCUACGCCUCCUGCGGCCUCCCCGACGCCGCGCUCGCCCUCUUCCGCCACAUCCCCGCCAAGUCCCUCGUCUCCUGGAACACCGCCAUCGACGCCCUGGUCAGCAACGGCGACCACGUCGGCGCGCUCGAGCUCUUCCGCGAGAUGCAGCGGGACGCAGUGGGCCUCGCCCCCGACGCCUACACCGUGCAGAGCGUCAUCGGCGCGUGCGCCGGCGCGGGCGCGCUCUCGCUCGGGGUCUACGCGCACGCGCUGCUGCUACGGGAGCUCGGCGGCGGCGGCCACGGCCACGCCGUGUCCCGCGACGUGCUCAUCAACAACUCGCUCGUGGACCUCUACGGCAAGUGCGGGGCGGCGGAGCUCGCGCGCCAGGUGUUCGACAGGAUGCCCGACCGGGACAUAACGUCCUGGAACGUCAUGGUCCUCACGCUUGCCAACCACGGCCACGUGCGCGAGUCGUUGGAGCUGUUCGAUCGGAUGACACGGCUGGAGAAUGUUGUGCCCAACGCCAUCACGUUCGUCGCGGUUCUCAGUGCGUGCAACCAUGGCGGGAUGGUGGAGGACGGCAGACGGUACUUCGAGAUCAUGGUGACCGAGUACGGGAUCAGGCCGAGGAUCGAGCACUACGGCUGCAUGGUGGACAUCUUGGCACGAGCUGGGUUCAUUGAAGAGGCCCUGGAUGUUGUGUCUGCCAUGAACUGCCGGCCUGAUGCCAUCAUCUGGAGGAGCCUGCUUGAUGCAUGCUGCAAGCAGAAUGCCGGGUCGGAGCUCAGCGAGGCCAUGGCCAAGAUGGCACUUGAUGUUCCUGACGAUGCUGUAAGUGGUGUCUACGUGCUGCUCUCCAGGGUCUAUGCGUCCGCGCAGCGGUGGAACGACGUCGGCAUGGUCCGGCGGUUGAUGAGCGAGGAGGGUCUCAAGAAGGAGCCAGGGUUCAGCUCUAUUGAAAUGGAUGGCUUGGUCCAUCAGUUUGUCGCUGGCGACACGUCUCACCCUCUAUCGGAGGACAUAUACAUGAAGCUGGAUGAAAUUGAAGAGAGGCUUAUAUCGUCUGGAUACAAGCCAGACUUAUCAGAGGCUCGUAUGGUUGCUGGCAUGGACCAUACCAAGGGCGCCGCGCUCCGUCUGCAUAGUGAGCGCCUAGCCAUAUCUUUUGGCUUGCUCAAGGCAAGAGCCGGGGCACCUAUUCGGAUUCUGAAGAACCUGAGAGUGUGCAAAGAUUGCCACACUAUCAGCAAGCUCGUAUCAGAGCUGUAUGGUGUUGAGAUCAUCGUCAGAGACCGGAUUCGGUUUCACCAUUUCAAGGAUGGGGUAUGUUCAUGCAAAGACUACUGGUGAUCCUUAAGCCAUGAUAUAUGCAGAGAGGUUGCGCUGCUGUUUGACUAUUGAACAGAAGAGAAAGUGUACCUCUGUAGGCACUCGGCGCCAAGUGAACUGAGUGUUCGGUGCUGAGAUAGUUCUUUCUUGUUGUAGGUUGUCAAGAUCGACUGGUCAAUUAAACAGAAUAUUAUAGGAUAUGUGACAACUACAUUGACCCGAUAAGAAAUAUGAGAUCAGUCGGUCAAAUGUGUAUGAAUUGGAUUUGAGUAAUUCCCCAAGUCCACUUGUAUAUGGAAUUGCAAUCAUUAGAAAGGAAGGUUGAAAUCAUCA